CAGUGCGACGCGAGUGACUACUAGAAAAAAUGAAAACAAGCUUAGUGAGACUCCGUCCGUCCGUCCAGUGGUAAAUCUGAGCCCGCGCUUGAAUCGAACAUCUUGAACAACUCCAGUGCUGUUGGUGAGAGAAGAUGAAACGCGCAUAACUGAAACUUAGUGUAAACUCGAUGACGGGCACCCAAUUGCAAGUUGCGAGAUUUGUGAUUUGCAACGAAACGAAAACUGUGUUGAUAACAAUCUUAGCGGUUUAUUUCAAUUAGUGCAAUUUCGCAAUUCGCGAAAAAUAAAUGGUGAAUGUUAAUUUUUCUCAUAGAUCAAAUUAAAACGUGUGCAACGAGAGAGCGAGAUGCCUCAUAAAAAAUAAAUAGUGAGUGGUUACAACCCAAAAGCAACACAAAGAAGAAAUUAAAAUCUGCUACGCAAUGAGUUGGUGGGAAGCUGCAGCAAAUAAUCAAAGCAAUUGAGCGACGGGUAAAAUGUGGCUCUCGCAGAUAUCGUUGGAUAUCUUUCUGAUCCUGUUGCUGUUGAUGUGCCAAGAGAACAAAGUGCACCGCUGGAAGGCGAACGCCCAGAUCAGCGCUUUCCGGCCGACCGUCUUCGAUAACACCGAGUGGCGGCGCUUCUUUCAUCUGUACCGCAAUGUCACCAUGAUGAUGGCCGGCCGGACGGGGCUGAAAACACGGGGACACUUUCUGCAGAAGCCAGUUCCACUGAAUGUACCGUUUCCGUGUAAUGUCUCGAUCGGUAGGAGCAGGGAACCGCCCACCAGUGUACAUAAGCUGCGACCAGGAGACAUCAACGUGGUGGCCGCAAUCGGUGACUCGGUCAUCACAGCCAGUGGAGCUUCCGCUACAAGCUUCCUGGAGCUCUACACAGAAAACCGAGGACUAUCCUGGUGCAUCGGUGGUCAGUGGAACUGGCGGAACGCCACCACACUUCCUAAUAUUUUAAAAGUUUUUAAUCCUAAGUUGGUAGGUUACUCGUACCGCGACUCCUAUAGCUUCCACUGGGACUCGCAGUUCAACAAUGCAGAAAUCGGUGCCAUUUCGAAAGAACUCCCACACAUGGCGCGCCAGAUGGUGACGCGUAUCAAGUCGGACCGGAGGGUGAACUUCAAGAAGGACUGGAAGGUACUGACGAUCACCAUCGGCGGUAAUGACAUUUGUGCGUACGUGUGCACAAUGCGCAAUCCGGACACGCUGGCGAUCAAACAUCGUCGGAAUCUGCUGACAACGUUACGUUACCUGCGGGACAAUCUGCCGCGAACGUUUGUCAACAUCGUUUCAAUGCCGGACGUCAACACGGUAGUGUCCCUGCCGGGGAAACCUACCAUCUGCUGGAUACUGCACCACGCCGAGUGUCCCUGCUGGGUUGGCCCAAUUCAUAACUCGUCGGAUGCGUCCCGGGCUAGGUGGGCUAAAAUACAGCAACAGUACAAAAGAGUGGAGGAAGAAGUACCAAUGAUGGACGAGUUUCGAGGACUUGAUGAGUUCGCAGUAGUUCAUCAGCCAUGGACAAAACAACUCUCGCUAAGAAAUGCCAAAGGAGUCGACUACACGCUGCUAUCCUAUGACUGUUUCCACAUGAGUCAAAAAGGACAUGCAUAACAGACUGCAUAAUGCCUUCAAGUUCUAUAAAAGUCCGGUUCAUUCAACCAGUAAAGUUGAUCAUCAUUGGGAUCAGAGAAAUGGAUUUCUCUCACUAUUUCAGACCUCGCUCGAAUUGUAAAUAUUGUACGAUUUCUGGCUUCUGGACAUCCACCUGAUUUUAUAGUUAGCUGUACUUUACUGUUUUUUAGUUAUUUUCCAGGAACUGGAAGUCUACAUCUUGAAUUUUUAAAUUGAAAAUUUUGAAUCCUUCCACACUAUUUCCAAAGUUAUUUUAUAGUGUUGGAUAAAAGUUAUUGUUAUUGAUCAUUGUCAAAUGCAACAAUGCAAGUAAUGUAACAAACAGCCUUAUGUAAUUUUACGUCAGCUUGCGGUUGUGACUGUGCACACAAACCUUCGGUUAUUUACUAAAGGAAAUGCUGCGGUACCUACCUCUGACGUUGCUAUCACAACUACCGGUACUGGUACCCGCAGUAGCUACCGAUGCUGGUACCCGAUAAUAUUAUUUUUUAAGUAAGUAUUUAAUAAGUCAUCAAGAGGACAAUUUGUUGUUCAACUCCACAUCGGUAUAUUAUUGGCUGCAUCUCUGUACUGAGGCACCUUUUGAUAACACAGCGCAAAGCGUAAAAUUUGAUGGCCGACAGGCUUUGAUUGCCACCAUCUAAAAACAGUUGUGUGUUGUUAAAAUACGGCAGAACUGGAGAAAGUUACUGGCCAAUACACCUACCUCUGAAA